AUGGCCCCAGUCACAUACUCUGCGCAGGAUCUGCUUCGAAUGAAAGCUGUUCCGGCCACAAAAGAGAUAUACGAUGAUCUCUGUCAGAAACUUCAAAAAGAUAUCUCUAUCGAAGACAUUCUCCGCUUCCCCGUCAAUCGACCCUUACCUUUGAUCCCGGAGGAAGAGACUGAAAAGGUGGCCACUGUUGUCAAUGGCAUUUCCGCGCCCGUUCAACAGCUUGAUGGCACCGAUUCAGAGUGGAGAUAUCGCGGUCGAACAGAACAAGAAUGCGGUGAGGCGCAGCCCAUUUCAGCGCCGCCAGGUCUCGUAGCACAGAAAGACGAAGGCUUUCAACGCUUUUACAAGGCUGUAGUCUCACCCACUCAUGUCAGAGUGACAGCAGGUGGUCGGAUUGUUCCAAAUACUAGGGCCUCAUCGUCUCCCACUGGUAAGUGGACAAAGGAAAAGUCUUCGUCUGGCAUCCUUUUCCCCGCGCGCCCAUUGGAGCGGGAAGCAGCCGAUAUUGCGGUAGCAAAUGGUACCCAGUACCCCUUCGGUGCUUUCCCUCCCAUCUAUCCAGGAUAUGCUCCUGCCAUGCACGGAUCGGCGUACCCCAUGUUCCCAUGGCAGAUCUAUAACACUUUUUGUCUGCCCGCAUCUAUGCCGCAAACAGCAUUUGCAAAACCCGGCGACAAAGAUAGCUCACGACACCAGCAGGAUGGUGUCGAUGAUCGCCAAGAGGGAACAGAUUCUUCUGUACACCAACCCUCUACUCCUACGGAUGGUAGCCGAAACUUUUACUUCAAUGGCCAGUGGACUAUGCCUCACAAUCCAUCCCUUUUUGCCUAUGGCAUGCCUGCAUUUUCUGGCUUUCCUCACCCGUCGAUGGUUGGGUCUGUUGCGGUACCAGCAGCUCUACAGCCCGCUACUUCUGCUCCAACCUCAGCUCCGGCUUCUAUACCUGCACUUGUUGCCCCCAAGUCAGAAAAGUCUGCUGCCGAGACUGCUAAGCCAAUCACUGCGACGGCGACAUCACCAGCGACGCAAACUACAGCCUCGUUGCCAAAUCCUCCCAUUUCGUCAAUUCGACCAAGUGAAAUCACCAAGAAGCAGAUUGAUGUUCUCAAGGGGUCUUUGAAAUAUCUGGAAGAUCAGCUUCUAUACAACAAACAUCAAAUUGAUGAGAAGUGGAUGGAGUAUCAGGCACACAUGGUUCGUCAGCAAGUUGAGCAGUUCGAGAAGAACCUCCAGAACCAAAAAAGCUUCGAAGAAACCUAUUAUCCAAAGUCCAAGGAAAACUCUUCAGCAUCCUCAGUUUCAGCUGCAGUCGCAAAUUCUUCUGUUGAGGAGGUAUCUGCGGCUGCCCACCCAAUUCCAACCUCUCUUCCGGAUGUCGCAAGCACCUUUGGACAGAAGCCAUGGCGAGAGAAAGACCGUGAUUAUUUUCAAACCCACCAAGGCAUCAAUUCCACCAAGUCGGUCAGUCUUUUUGCCCCAAAAAGGCUGGGUAAUGCCGCAGAACCUACCAAAAAAGCUUCCACGCUACCAGUCCAUGCGGCUCUUGCACCCCCCUUUCAGCCGCAGAAUGACGGCUCCGGUCGAUCUUCAUUAUUCCAAUCGCGCAAGCCAGAGGUUCCAUAUCUCAUUGGCAUGAUACCCACGGGAAGCAACCAAGACAAGGCGCGGGAGAGUGGCUAUCAUUAUGUUCGAGAUCUCACUGACGAUGAGCUUCGUGCACGCCACAUGUAUUGGGGUAAAGCUCCGCAUCACCUACAGCGUGGUCUUCCCAAGUUUGAUGGCAAAGACUUUUAUCCGCCCUCCCCUACAAGAGAUCGGCUGCCAGAUUCGAAUGAUUCAUCAGCGGACAUUCAGUCAGAAAGCGACGGUCCACGAAGUGCUCAUGCAUCUGUUUAUGAUCCAUUUCGGUCUUUGGGCAGACCAAGGCAGCGAGUUCCGCGCGGCGCCCUCGGCCAGACAACACAAUCCGAGAUGUUGGCCCGGAACUCAAGCUGUGGCAGCUCAAUCAUAGAGCGCGGUGCAUCCUGCACUGCCAAAAUCGGUCAGCAGUAUGAAGACGCUCACAAGACCAUAGAGCCGUCAGUUACUACUGCCACUGUCUCUUCAAAACUCAACUCGGAUUCUGAGGAAGGCGAAGAUGGUCGAAACAUUCUCUUCAAAGGUCGCAGACCAGCAGCCUCGACCGGGACCAAAACCCGCAAUGAACUCUGGCAGAGCAUGCUCAACAAGGGAAAGUCCAGCGGGCAGCUCGUUCCUAGCACGAUUUCAUCCGCGACAGCACAGGGUGUUCUUCCACAAUACCGAGGCCAUGCAGCAGCAUAUUUAGCUCCGACCAUGGCAAACUCUUCUACGUCUGCACGUUCUCCUGUUGCCAAGAUCAUUGAAGGUGGCGAUUUGAUACAGCUCAAAACGACAGAACCUGUACAAACCGAGAACAUGCCACCGACAGACAAUGAAUCAAUCCGCCAAGGCAGCCUUCACAAAUUUAACCCGCAGGGAAUAUUGUCGCAGUAA